AGCCAUUUUGGCUCAAGCCAUUUUGGCUCAAGUGCUUGGCGCGCGUCGUCGGUUCAAGGGUGGCCCUUUGGCGAAAGCCAGCUGGGCGCCCUUCGCUCCGCGCGCUCCGCAUGUUGGCUCGGGGGGCGGCGGAAGAAAGCUGCCCGUGGCGUACUUCGAGAGAUCGCAGGCUGGCGAGGCGCCGAGCCCGCGAUGCCUGCGAGCGGGGGCUCUGGAGAGCCCUGCACGGCCGAGGAGACCCACCCUGCCGCGGCGCUGCGCUCGCGGUCCUGGCGGAGGACGUGGCCAGGCGCGAGCGGCUGUCGCGCGGGGUGUUGGCCUCGCGUGUCCUCGGCACCAAGUCGGCUCCUGGCGAGGUGCUCAUCAGGAACUGCUCUCAGCAUGCGCGGGACCUCCCUGCGGAGGGGGCGGGAUUGGCGCAGUGGCGAGCAGCCGCGCGCGGCCCGCGCCUCGGCUCUGAAGGCCCACCAACUGCUGUUGCUCCUGAUGUCCUUCCCGAUGCUGGGUGUUGGGAAUUGCUGCAUGAUGAUCGUCUACCGUUUCUGGUGACGCAGGCGACGGUCGACUGCGAUCUCUCUGAGGGCGAGGGCGCCCUGGGCGGCGGCCGGAGCGUCCGGGCCUUCCUCAGGGGCUCGCUUCAGCCCAGCGGCAGGAUGGCGGUUUUCGCCAGCCGUGCGUUCGGAGCCGACGGGAGCAUCCCCACUGGUCAGGCCAAUGCUGAAGGGGAGGUGCCUGCGGCCGUCGGUGCUCUGGACAGCGGCUCGUCUCAUGCUUCGGGUUGCCCCUCUUCCGCCACCGCGCCUUCGGUACUGCGAGCUGAUGCGCCCGAGUUCGCGCCCUCAGCCCAGGAGUCGAGUUUGUGUGCCGAGGAGGCCUACAACUACCCGUUGAAGGAGUGCUUCGUGUUGCCCGAUGGGUGCCCUCCGUUUCCGAGGUGCACCUGCGGCGCCAUGGUGUUCUCGGGCAUCUCCGCUGCUGCGCUGCCGCCUUUCGUCAGUCUCAGCGGAGGGGGAUGCCAGCGCCGCGGCUGCUGCGGGGACGCUGGCGGCCCAGGCUCCUCAGGGGUAGGCGCCGCACCGAUGACAUCGACGCCUUCUUCGGCGUCGACGCGGGGAUGCAUCCACGGGGCCUUGUGCGACUCGCCGACUCUGUACAUCUUCUCCACUGGCCGCAAGGCGGCGGCUUGGUGGCUGGCGCGAAUGGUGAUCGCCGAGAAGUGGCUCGGGUGCUGCUCCAUCUUUGUGGGGCGCUUGCUGCCGCCAGCUGCUCUGUCUUCGGCAAGCGGCUCGGGCUCUUCUGGAGCCGAUGGCGGUGAUCCUCCUGAGCGUGCUCUCCCUGUGUUGGUGCGGUUGGGGACGGAGGGCGCUUUUGUCGACCUCACCUGCCGUAGAGCUGUAAGUCUUUUCCCGAGAGCGGGUGCUCUCGGUGCAGUGCGGCGCCUCUUGAGCGACCGCGGAGGAUAAGCGGGGGCCCUAGCCUUCGAGGGCCAUCGUGUGCUGCGCCGCGCGUGCGCGGCGUAGAAGCUGGGACGGGCGUGCUGCCCGUCGAGGGCGCAAUUUAUGGCGCAACCGAUCGGAUACGGCUUUAUUCUCGGCCGCCGAGGUGCCAGGGGA